GCCCCCCGAGGGCAACCACAACGACCGCCGCCCCCGUGAUGAAAACAACAUUGAUUUCGUAUCGCUCGUCCAGGGAAUCUUUGACCGUGCUGCGUGUGACAGAUAGGUGGCGUCACACAAUCUCGCGAGCGACAUGAACACGAAGCCUUGGAGGAGUUUGUUGUCAUGACAGCAGCUGGUAAUGAGUUCCACGGAGGCCGAAGAGCCGUCAUAAAAGACUCCACGCUCCUCCGACUCUUGACCACAGUGUGCAUUGUGCGCAUGAAGCGUGAACACAUGAAUGGAACACACGUCCUAAUAAGUCUCGGUGGCUAUGUAAAUGUGGACAAGUACAGAUAUGUAUACUUUGUGUUCUUGUUGAUUCUCUAUGUUCUCAUCCUCUGCUCUAAUUGCACCAUCAUUUGUGUCAUCUGGAUUCACAGGAACCUUCACCAGCCCAUGUAUGUUUUCAUUGCAGCUUUGUCUCUCAACUCGCUUUUGUUCAGCACCGCUAUCUACCCCAAACUCUUCGUGGACGUCUUGUCUCGCAGGCAGAGCGUUUCUCACACAGCUUGCAUGUCACAGUAUCUCAUAUUUUAUUCACUAGCAGGUUCCGACUUCUUGCUGCUGUCGGCCAUGGCUUACGACAGGUACGUGUCCAUCUGCAAGCCUCUGCGAUAUGCAACCACCAUGGGCACGACCGCUGUCGCCGUCCUUUUGGCUUUGGUUUGGCUUCUGCCCGCCUGCCACGUAUUGGUGGCGACCGUCAUCAGUGCAAAGCAGAAAAUGUGUCACUUUAUAUUAGCGGGAAUCUUUUGUAACAAUUCCGUACAGCAACUUUUCUGUUCGAUCCCAAGGUUUCUCACUGUCUGGGGUUUGCUCGUUCUGACAAAUAUUACUCUUAUCCCUGUGCUGUUUAUCCUCUUCACAUACAUAAAGAUAUUCAUGGUGGCCUAUCGCAGCUGCGGAGAAGUCCGGAAAAAAGCAGCGGAGACGUGUUUACCCCACUUGAUGGUUUUAAUCAGCUUCUCGUGUUUGUGCGGCUUUGACGUCAUAAUAGCGCGACUGGAGUCGGAUCUUUCCAAAACGCUGCGACUGGUAAUGAGUCUACAAAUCGUGGUGUACAAUCCUCUCUUCAAUCCGAUCAUAUACGGAGUGAAGAUGAAAGAAAUCUGGAAACGCAUCACGAGAUUGCUGUUGUUGUGUGGAAAAUGUGAUGUGAAAGUGCAUGCGCUCAAGUCAUAGUGGUGCUCAGAGAGACUUUUCUUUGUUUGUUUCUCCAUGUGAAAUUGUACUGAUUUGCUGUCUGAUUGUAGUUGUUGUUGUUGUUUUUCUAGAAAGAUUCCAGAGUUGAAUAAAGAGCAGUGAGGAUCAUCGACUGAACAUCAUGGUUUCGUUUUUUCAUUCAUUGCAUUUAUGUUUUUGCCUAUAGGAAAGAAGAUGAGUUAUUUUUAGUUUUACACAUAUUAACAACUUUAAUACGCUAAAGAAGUACAAAGGCUGUGUUGAAAACACUUUUUUUUUUAGUUUUUGUUUAAACGUUGAUUGCAGGUACAUUUAUACAGGGCAUCCCAUUUCCAUCUCAUUGUACUUGUUGUACAGUGACAAUAAAAUAUAAAACACAAUUACAUACACUAUGCAUCAGUAGGGAGUUCCCACUCCAGCUUUCUAUUUGGUGGUCCUUGGCACUGCAAUUGCUAAAGAACCCUGAUAUAAACCAUUACAAAAAAACCGCGUCGGCCUCACGGUUCUGAGGACCCGGGUUCAAUCCCCGGCCCCGCCUGUGUGGAGUUUGCAUGUUCUCCCCGUGGCUGCGUGGCUUUUCUCCGGGCGCUCCGGUUUCCUCCCAAAAACAUGCAUUCAUUGGAGACUCUAAAAUUGCCCGUAGGCAUGACUGUGAGCGCGAAUGGUUGUUUGUUCCUAUGUGCUCUGCGAUUGGGUGGCAACCAGUUGAGGGUGUACCCCGCCUCCUGCCCGAUGACAGCUGGGAUAGGCUCCAGCACGCCCGCGACCCGCGUGAGGAGAAGCGUGACAGAAAAUGGAUGGAUGGAUGGAUGUCUGUUAUCACGCAUCCCUACGCAAAACAUUUUAGCUUUUGUACGAUGAAAGUGCGCACCAAGUCGAAGGCCUUCUUUUAAAUACAAAUAAUUGAAGACUCUAAAUCGUCUGUAGGUGUUGAAUGUGA